UUACACACUAUAAAUGUAUCUUACAUAGAGUGGUGCUGUUUGAUAUUUGAUAUUUCUGUUUCUCAAUUGAACUCAUUGUGUGCGUCUGUGUACUUGGAUUUUCCCUCUGCAUUCGUCACUUCAUGGCUACUGAAGGUCAAGUUAUUACUUGCAAAGCGGCGGGGGCCUGGGACCCCAACAAGCCGCUGGUUAUCGAAGAUGUGCAGGUGGCGCCACCGCAGGCCGGCGAAGUUAGAGUCAAGAUUCUGUUUACUGCUCUCUGCCAUACCGAUGCUUAUACCUGGAGCGGCAAGGAUCCUGAAGGUCUCUUCCCAUGUAUCCUUGGACAUGAGGCCGCUGGAAUAGUUGAAAGUGUUGGAGAAGGUGUGACUGAAGUUCAACCAGGAGACCAUGUUAUCCCUUGCUACCAGGCAGAGUGCAAGGAAUGCAAGUUCUGCAAAUCUGGAAAGACUAAUCUCUGUGGAAAAGUAAGGUUAGCUACUGGAGUUGGAGUUAUGUUGAACGAUCGCAAAAGCCGUUUUUCAAUCAAUGGGAAACCUAUCUAUCAUUUCAUGGGAACAUCAACAUUUAGUCAGUACACUGUUGUACAUGAUGUUAGUGUUGCCAAGGUUGAUCCUCUAGCACCUCUGGACAAAGUUUGUCUGCUCGGCUGUGGUGUUCCAACAGGUCUUGGUGCUGUUUGGAACACGGCAAAAGUAGAACCAGGUUCCAUUGUUGCUAUCUUUGGCCUAGGCACUGUUGGACUUGCUGUGGCAGAGGGUGCAAAAGCUGCUGGUGCUUCCCGAAUAAUUGGAAUAGAUAUUGACAGCAACAAGUUUGAUAUAGCAAAGAAUUUUGGUGUGACUGAAUUUAUCAACCCAAAAGAUCAUGAGAAACCGAUACAGCAGGUCAUAGUGGAUUUAACUGAUGGUGGUGUCGAUUAUAGUUUUGAGUGUAUUGGAAAUGUUUCGGUAAUGAGGGCUGCUUUGGAAUGCUGCCACAAGGGAUGGGGCACAUCAGUUAUUGUGGGUGUUGCGGCCUCCGGACAAGAGAUCUCCACUCGCCCAUUCCAGCUUGUGACAGGUCGUGUAUGGAAGGGUACAGCAUUUGGUGGCUUCAAGAGCCGUUCACAAGUACCUUGGCUUGUAGAGAAGUAUAUGAAGAAAGAAAUCAAGGUUGAUGAGUACAUCACACAUAAUCUGACUCUUGCGGACAUAAACAAAGCAUUUGAUCUGAUGCACGAUGGUGUCUGCCUCCGUGUGGUGCUGAACAUGCACGUGUAAUCUGAUUAUAGGGAUUGUGGCUGGUUUCUACCAUCACAAGUCUGCCGUUGGCCGGGGGUGGACGUCGAGUCGCUUAAAUGGGGGUUAGGAUAGUUCGUGUCAGGGACCCAAAUUUUCAGGUAUCUAUUUUAUCUAACCUGAUCUGAACCUGAAGUUUGUUGGGUACCCGACUUUUUUUAAAAAUAAACUUGUGCUUAACAUUCAGAGGAGAAUUUUGCCUCUGAAUUUUGUGCUUAAAAUUCUCUUACUCCAUCUGCUUCUUGUAACAUUUUAGAAAUUUUGAUCUUUUGUUGGGGUUUGGGAGGGAUGA